GUCCUUCCUGGAUUCUGAGCAAAAGGCAAAUCGCCAUCUGCUGAAGUCAGUGCCCGCUUCCAGUGGAGACUAGUGUUCGCUGUGAACACUUCCUUUACACUAAAGGUUGUAGCCAUGGCUGCACAGAAGGACAGAGUGAUGGCCCUUAGCGAAUGGGAGGACCGCUGGCAAGAGGGAAGAAUCGGCUUCCAUCAGCUUCAUGUGCACCGGAUGCUGAAAACUAACAUCGAUAAGGUCCUGUGCGGUCGGAAAGACGUGCGCUUUUUCUUCCCUCUCUGUGGAAAAGCCAUAGACAUGAAAUGGCUAGCAGAUAUGGGUCACUCUGUGGUUGGGGUGGAGCUUUCUCAAAAGGCGAUCAAGCAGUUCUUUGAAGAAAACAACUUGAGCUACAGCGAGGAAUCCGUCCCUGCAAUACCAGGAGGAAAAAUGUUUAAGAGUUCUGACGGGAAGAUUUCCUUGUAUCAGUGCAGUUUUUAUGAUUUCUCAAGCUCUAUUGCAGGCCAGUUUGGAGGGAUCUGGGACCGGGGCGCCUUAGUGGCAAUUAACCCAUGUGACAGACAAAGGUACGCCGCACUCAUAGUGACUCUGAUGGACAAGGACUGCAGAUACCUCCUGGAUACGUUGCUCUACAACCCUGAGCUGUAUGGAGGGCCACCGUUUUUUGUGUCAGAUGAGGACGUAAGAAACUUAUUCGGAAGUGCCUGUGACAUUGAAUUGCUUCAGACUGAAGAUUCUUUUGAAGAAAGACACAAGUCUUGGGGGCUGGACUCACUGACUGAGAAAGUACACCUUCUUACUUUAAAGGGGAAUUAAUGAUUAAGGAAAUUGCUUCUCAGUAUGUAAUCUGUUUUUAUUUUUAAUGUAUAAAGCAAUACAUCUUGAUAUGAUGAGCCCAUUAUAAAUAACAUCAUGAUCAGCACCUGCACUUUUGUAAGGUAAUUACUGACAAUCUCAUAAAUAUGUUUACAUUUUG